UAAUGAAAGCUUUAUUGAUCUUAGGAUUAGUGAUCUUCACACAAGCCGUCUUCGUUAAGCAUGCUUCUGAACCACAUGCUGCCGUCUUCGCCUAACUCGAAGCACUUGAAGACCAUCCAUUGGGAAAGAAAAUUUUGGACACAAUCGCCUUGUAAAUGAAGAACAAGUCACCACUCUCUGAUAUUGCCAAGAUGCUCUAAGACUUGAGAGAAAACUUAGUCCUCUAAUAAUAAGAUGCUGAAUUAGUCCACGUCGCUUAAGAAGCUGACUGUGAAGCUGAAAUCUAUGGAUAUAACAGAAGAAUUGACUUCGCUUCCAACGAAAUCACUGAAGCCACCAUCGAUAUCAACAAGUACACUGCUGAUAUUGAACUCUUGGAAACAGAUAUUGCCAACAAGGAAUAAUAAUUAUAAAUCUUAGCCAACUAAGAAGAAUAACUCAGAUAAAAGAGAGCUGAAGACCACGAUGCCUUCGAAGAAAGAUAAAUCACAACCCCAAAGGUCGUUGAAGCCCUCGACGUCAUUGCCGCUAAAUUGAGCGCUAUCCAACCAGAAGCCGAUGCUGAAGCAGUCCUUGCUGAAUUAGAAAGAGUUGGUGGAAACAACCCCAUCCUCGCCCUCGUUCAAUUGGCCUCAACAUUCUCAGCUGAAAAAUUAUAAAACGUCUAAGACAAGAUCGCUGAAUUGAGAGCUUCAUUGGAAUAAUCCAUCAUUGACGACUAAGAAGAAGAAGUCUAAGCUUAACUUAACUUCGAAGCUUAAAUCGUUGAAAUCAAUGAAUAAAGAGCUGCCCUCUAAUCUGAAAAGGCUGACUCCGAAACCAAAUUAGGAUAAGCUUAAGUCUAAUUGGCUGCUGCUAAGAAGAGAAAGUAUGAUGCUGGAAGAGAACUCGACUCAGCCACCAGAGGAAAAGUUGCCAAGGAAGCUGAAUGUGAAGCAUGGAGAACUUAAUAUGCUAGAGACACCGAAUAAAGAACCGUCGAAAUCGGUAUCAUCAGAUAAGUCGAAUAAAUCCUCGCCACCAAGUUGGAAGGUGCCUCCUCAUACAUCAAAGGAAGAAUCAACUGAUUUU